UACAAAUUUCCUGAAGAAAAAUCGAGCAGAUCGGUAGAGAAGAAUUACAUGUGUGUGAAUUGCAUGGAGCCGUCCACUUCACUAUAUCAGAGGUAUUCGGAAGGUGUCAUUCGAUUAUCGGACUGUGUACUGGUUUUUCAUUCUCAUCGCUUGGAACGAAUAGCGUAUAGUAAAUCAGGUAUUGUUCCAGGCAACGUCGCGGUGGUGUUCUCUAUCAUAUUCAGGCUGAGUAACGAAUUCUCAUACAGAUUCGUUACGCAAUUUUUCAUCUUCAUCUCACAUUUUCAAGUACAACGAACGUUGUAUCCGAAACUUCCUGCAGCAGUCAACUUUACGAUAGUAACCUGUGGCGUUGUCGCUUCUAUGGCAUCUGGAUUCCUUUGCAGACACCUUCUUGAGUAUUGA